AUGUCAUCACAACCACUAGCAAGCGGAAUACCAAAACCUGGUUUUAUUAAUGUUAAAAGGGAUGGUAAAUCAUUACUUAUGUCACUUGAUUUACCUGAUAUAUCAUCAAUGAUUAAAGAUUGUUUAACAACAGAUCAGUCAAUCAUACGCGAUAUUAAACAAUUACUAUCUGAUAAUCAAGAAGAAAAAUUAGAACAAAUAGUAAUUAAAGUCGAUGAUAUUGAACGUCGAUCGCGUUCAUAUAACCUUCGAUUUAAUGGUGUACACAAAGAUGAAAAUCCAAAAGCAAAGAUAAUUGAAAUUGCAAAAAUGAUGGAUGUUAUAAUAACACAUGAUGAUAUUGAAGCUGCGCAUUUUACGGGUGCGAAAAAUGUACAACAACGUGAUGUUAUUGCCCGUUUUUAUUCACGAGAAACAUGUCAAAAAUUAUUGAAAAAUCGUAAAAAACUACAAAUAAAUAAAUAG